CGUAUCAAUGGUAUCUUUCCUAAGGAUUCUUCAGCUAUGUGGCCUUACCUGUUGCUCGUUUUGGUAGCCCUGCUAAUUAUUAAGCUAAUAAAUGUGUGCCUUUUUUGGAGCAAACGUGGAUUGCCGUAUGAAUCAUGGCCAAGACAUUUUUACCGACUCUUGUGGUUGUUCAACACUAGAGUCAUCUCUGAAGUCAUCCGUGACGACGUCAAAAAGUAUGGAACUAUCUAUGGCACAUAUCGGGGCUUGACGCCAUCGCUAAUGGUAGCAGACGCGGAAAUUGCUAAGGAGGUGCUUAUUAAACAGUUUGGUAGUUUUUUCGGAAGAACUUUCGAGUUCUCGACCGGCGAUGCCCUCUGGGACAACACUCUUACACAUCUACCGUACGACCAAUGGAAAGCCGUGAGGACGGUAAUGGGGUAUACCUUCACUUCGUCGAAGAUCAAAGGAAUGAUUCCGAAGUUUGACAAGGUGGCCAAACGAUAUGGCAACACAAUAGCGGCUGUAGCGAAGUCCAACCACAAUGAAAUAGAUUUGAAGAAGCUUUUUUAUAACUAUAGCAUGGAUUCAAUCGUAGCAGUGUCUUUUGGAAUAGAUCUUGACUGUCUCAACGAUCCUGACAACGAUUUUGUGAAAUACGGUACUCAGAUUUUAAGACCAGGUCUAUCGCUAAUACUUGCUUUCACGUUUCCCAGUAUAAUUCGAUACCUGCCUUUUGCUCAUUUCCCGCCAAAAGGGGCAACAAAGUUCUUUGGCAAUAUUGGAAAACACAUUUUGGCAGAAAAAAAAAAAAAUCUUGACGAAGUUAUCAAAAAUGGAACGGCUGACAUCCUUGAUCUGCACCUCAUAGCCCAGAAAGAAAACGCCGACAAUUACAUCACCGACGAAGUUCUUGCAUCGCAAGCCUUCCUCUUUUUCAUUGGCGGCAUUGAAACAAGCGCAAUAACUCUGCAGCUAUGUACCUAUUUCCUCGCUACAAACCCAGAAGUGCAAGACCGGGUUUACGACGAGGUGAAGCACAUUAUGGGCGAACGAACGGAAGUCCACUAUGACGAUGUACAAAAGAUGAAGCUUCUUGAAGCCUGUCUUCUAGAAUCACUACGUAUUGUGCCGAUCACAUUUUCAAUAGACCGUAUCGCUACCGAGGAUACGGAAGUGGCCGGAAUAGCUAUUAAAAAAGGUAUGAUUGUCGAAUUUCCAAUCGCUUUUCUUCACCAUGACCCGAAGUAUUUCCCCGAGCCCGAUAAGUUUAUCCCUGAACGUUUUUUGAAGGAUGAACAAGUCGUCUCAGAAACCUCGGCUUUCCUCACCUUCGGCGACGGACCCAAAAGUUGCAUUGGACGCCGGCUUGCUCUGAUACUUAUUCAGGUGUUAAUAGCUGAUAUCCUGUUAAAGGUACGUUUUGACAAAUGUUCAAAGACUCCAGUUCCAUUGCAACUCAGGCCCGGCUUCAACUUCACUGAUAUUUUUCUCAUGCCCUUGAUCUUACGCCUUACGCCAAGGCAAGAGGUAAUGCGUUGAAUGCUUUCGAAGCUCAGCUUACUGUAUGGUACAAUUUUCUUAGCCGAACUUAAUGCUCAGCGUCAAAGUUACGCUAAGCGCAGAUCAUCUCUGUGCAUCACUGAAGAAUGCAUGAAAAUACUUAUAUAUUAAUUAUGCGCAUGUGUUGCAAAAUUUUUAGAAUUAUUACAUAAGUUUUUUGAAUAAGCAAGGCCACGUACGUGAUUGAGUUGAUCCUUUUACUGCUACCAUUUAAUAAUUAGAUCUGUUAGAUGGAAGUGAGACAGUUACCCUAACGAAUCCAUUUUGUCCUUGUUUUCAUUCGACUGAGAGUUGAAAAAUAUACAAUGAUAUGUUAGUAUCCGUAUGAAAAGAUUGGCUUGCCGUUUAGCUGGCUAAAAAAUAAAGUAGCGGGUCGAUCACAGUACGAAUAGGCGUACGCCUUUCACAUUCCCUAGUUAAUACUUGAUGAUAUCGCGGUUGAUAACAGAUACAGAAAAUCAUAAAGAGGACAUAUGCGAGGAACCAAUUUUCGAAUCAAGUCAAUGGUGAGCACUUAACAAUAGCAUCGUCCCAUAUUAAAAGGCAACGUUUAUUUAAAAAAAUUGAUAUACCGCGCUUAGUAUUUCAUCUCGAAUGUAUUCGCAUCUGUCUGUAUAUGAUACGUCCAAAAAUGAUGUCCUCUCCUAUGAAUUGAGCACAAAUCUUAUAGCUGUACAUGCAUUCAUAGAUUUUAGAAUAAAUAGCAUUAAAAAAUCGUA